UUCAAGUGAGGGCCGAGCGCUGCACUCCCCGUUCAGGUGACGAGAUCUUGUUUUCAUAAUUUUAAUUGAAUCACUCUCUACGGCUUCACUUUGCCAACGAUCGUGGUCUCACCCGGGGCAGUGAAAAAUCAGACUCGAAGGUGAUUAAUCACAGCCGUUGUGUGGUGCCGAGAGCCGCACGAGGAUGCUGUCCCAUUGUCUCGGCGGAGUGAGUCACUCAAGAUGAUUUAAUGAGACCCACCUCUCGUCUGUUGGAGAACAAAGCGCGCCAGCUUCACUUUCUGCUCUGCUGAUGAGUCUUGGGUAAAAUGCAGACGUGACCGAGGCACAAUGCUGAAGGCGUCGCUGCUUCUCAUUUUGGUGCUCGCUUGGUGCACGGCCGAAGAGGACAACACCAAUGCCACCUCCACUACCAUCACGGUGCUCGCCCUCAACCACCGCCCCUCGCCCUUUCUCUCGUCUGAGAUCAACGCCCUCGCACUGCAGGCCGCCGAGGACGCCACUCAGCAGGAGCGACUGACUUCGUUACCCCAAAGUUCAAAGUCCCUUCCGCCCAGUGCUGAGAAGAAGCACCGCCCGGGCACCGUCACUAGCCUGGGGGUGAUCAACCUGGACGACGAAGCGAAGCAGCUGCCCCAAAGGGGUCCCAACAACCACAAGGCGGCCUCUGCGACGACGCCGGCCACCACCACCGAGGUCAACGUGGUGACCUCCAACCCCCGCCCCACGAAGCGGAUCUCGUCGGCGGGCACAAAAAAGUCCAAGUCGGCGCCAUUCGGCAACGGCCUGCUCAGAAACGAGCCGUGGGUGUUGCCGCUGUUGGUGUUGUCCGCCAUCGUCCUCUUCACGAUGACCACUUUUGAGGUGUUUGUUCUGUGCAGGGCAAAGAGGGCCGCACCAUCCAGAAGGCAUUUAUUUUUGGGACAGAUGCUCCUGUUGGGCGUGUUCAUGUGUGUGCUGCUGGCAGCCCUGCAGGCGCUGACCCCGAGCUUCGUGACCUGUGCCAUGACGCGACUAGGUGUCGGCUUGGCCUACGCCAUCGUGUUCGCCACCCUGCUUGUGAAGAGCGUCUUCCUUAUCAGCCUCAACGGCGGCGUUUACUUGCCGGCUCCUUAUCAGGCGCUGCUGCUGCUCUUUGCCGUUCUCAUUCAGGUGGCUGUUGGUUCUCAAUGGUUGUUGAAUGCACCCCCAAGAAUCUUCGCGCCUGAUGACGUGCCAACCGCCAAACCGACCUCGCCGACCCCACGUGGGAACAACGUCGGCUCCCGCAUUAGCAGCCACCAGGUUAUAACGGCGAGUGACGUGACGCCGAUCAAGGGAGCGCCUCCACCGCCAGAACCGUACGGCGCGCCAUUGUGCGCCACCCCCUACGAAGACAGUCUGGCCGCUUUGAUCUACGUCGUGUUCCUCAUGGGCUUUGUCGGCAUUCUGGCCGCCAAGUCCAGGGGGAUCCGUGAAAACUACAGAGAGUCCACUUACAUUGGAUUGUCAAUCGCGUGCUGCGCCCCUUUGUGGCUCGGAUGGGCUCUGGCCGGACUUGCGUUAGCACCAAGACAUCAGGAUGCAACAAUUGGUUUCGGCCUGCUGGCCACUGGGGUGGUAGUGUUUUCGCUGAUGUUCCUGCCUCGGGGUCGUCAGUUGGCUGCGAUGGGCCGCGACGGCAGGUACGCCGAGGACGGGGGCGAGGAGCGUUUCAGCUCGCUCAGCCCCUCGGCCAUGGCUGGCUACUCGCCCUCGUUUUUCCACUUCAAACCAGCCCCUCCGCACACCAUCCUCACGUCCAAGAACGGCGCUGCCUAUUACCCGCCGCACUUAAUGGGUGACCGAGUGGCCCUGGUGCCUGCACCCCCCUUGCCACAGAAAAAGCAACCGCCUCCACAAGCACCAAUGCAGAUGAUGCCUGUCGCACCUCCAAGCUAUCCACGACUCCUGCACUAUUAUCCGUAUCUUGUGUACCCACCUAGGUAUCACCCUGGUCCAGGUCUCUACAUGAAACCUGACGAUGGCAACAUGUACACGACACUGGAGCCGACGCUCUCCAGCAACCCAAACGUGUUCUUCCAGAGGAACGGACACUCGGGGAUGCUCUAUUGAUAAGGAAAAACUUUCGGACUCUUGAAAAAGUGCUUGUGGCUCAAAGUGACUCAUUUUAGUGGAAGAAGAGUAUAUUUAAUAUAAAGUGCCAGUUUGCAAGUAACUUUCAAAUACACAAAAAUUUCACAUCGGCAUUGUAAGUUUUUAGCUUAAUUAAUGUGUAUAACUUAAAAUGAUCUGGCUGACUGACGUGCGGAGAAAAUCAAAAACUGAAGGAAUUUGCAUGCAAAAAGAAAUAAACGAAAAAUGAAGCAUACCAACUUAAA